AGCCCAUAUUUUUAUAACCUAAUAAACCCAAUAAUAACAUAAAGAUGAUGAAGUCAAAUAAAUACUUUGUUUUCGUAAUAUCCUUAUCUCUUAUGUUUAACGUAGCUUCCGCUCUACAAGUAACCUAUGAUUGUAACAACGAUACUUCUGCUAAGCUUACAAAUGCUCAAUGGAGUUUUGAUUCUAACAAUUUGCCAGUUAUUACCACCACCUUCCAAGGACCAGAUCCUGUCCAGGCCAUCGAUAGUUUCAAAAUUUCCCCUCCGAAUGAUUUCAGUUUAGAACAUGCCUAUUAUAUAUACGUCGUUGAUCCUAUCUUCAUGAACGGUUAUGGUAGUGAUAUGUUUAAUGGUACAAAGAGUACGUAUGUUGGAAGCAAUCCACAUACCAUGCAAAUACCUUAUAAUCCUCGCAACCUUCCACCAUCUGGAACAAUGGUCAUGAUCUCAUCAACAGUCUAUCACGGCUGUCAUCGCGAUAAUGAAGAUAGUGAAAUAUCGUGCAAAAUAUGUGUGUGGGGACUAUUUCGUUAUGUUCCAUAAUUAUUUCAAUGUGCAUUUUUCUUAGAAAUGAUUUUGACUAAUAAGUUAUAAGUGUACUACGUGCUAA